AUGCUUUCCCGACUUGCGCUCAAUGCUGCCAGGCCAGCGCGCAAGCUCUUGGCUGUGGCCCCUGCCAGGAUGACCUCCCAUGCCAGGUUCUUCUCCCAGAAGGCCAUUCCUACUGGCACCACGGGCAGGAAAAUGCCUGUUGACCCCCGUCGCGAAACAGCGGAGGCAAACAAGAUACCCGCGACAUUCACAAUCCAGGGAGGGCCCAUCUUUCAAGGCACAGCGUUCGGCGCCAACGCAAACGCCAGACUCGUCUUCACCACUCCGCUCAUCGGCAACUACGGUGUUCCAUCGAACGAGCGGGAUGAGUACGGCCUGCUGAAGUACUUCGAGUCCCCUCACAUCCAGUGCGCGGGAGUGGUCGUGUCCGACAUCGCCACCCAAUAUAGCCACUGGACGGCCGUCGAGAGCUUGAGCAAAUGGUGUGCUCGCGAGGGCGUCCCGAUCAUCUCUGGCGUCGAUACCCGGGCCAUCGUCACCUUCCUGCGCGAGGAGGGCUCCUCCCUUGCCAGGACCUCCAUGGGAGAAAGCUACGACCAGGAUGAGGACGCUGGCUACACGGACCCCGAACAGCAGCAUCUCGCCCACUGUGGUGUCAAGGAGAACAUUCUACGAAGUCUCGUCUCCCGAGGCACCUCCGUGACCGUGUUCCCCUAUGAUUUUCCGAUCCAUAAAGUUGCACAGCAUUACGACGGCGUUUUCAUCUCGAACGGCCCAGGAGAUCCGUUUCAUCUCACAACCACUGUUCAAAACGUGCGACAGCUUAUGGAUACAUCCGACGUGCGGAUCAUGGGCGGUACGGCCCAUAACAUCCCAGCUUUAGAUCUUACAACAGGUUCUGCGAUCAUCACCAGUCAGAAUCAUGGCUAUGCCGCGGAUUCGAGCAGUUUCCCCAGCGAUUUCAGGCCAUAUUUUACCAACCUGAAUGAUGGCAGUAAUGAGGGACUGAUACACAAGGAUCGACCCAUCUUCUCUCUCCAGUUUCACCCAGAAGCCAAGGGAGGACCUCAAGACUCUUCCUAUUUAUUCGACAAUUACAUCCAAGCCGUCCAGUCGUACAAGAACAGCCAGUCUGUUUACAAGGACAACCGCCCGUCGCAGCUCAUGCUUGAUAUCCUUAGCAAGCAGCGCGUGGGCGCCGAGCCCUAG